UUUGUGCCUUGUAAGGGUGAAGGAGAUUGAGGUGGCAUACAUUAGAGCGUUCAAUCGAAUGCGGAUGGAAUUGAAAGAGUUGAGAAUACAAGCGACGUUAGUGGAGAUAUCGUAAUGGAUGUAGCACAGCCUGUAGUAAAUAUGUUCUGACAGGCUUGGAUUUUGUGGCGUUCAUUGGCACAAUUAUAAACUGUACGGCUCCAGUCUCAAAGAAGUCAAACAACUGGACAUUAUUGUGGCUGCGGCUAUUUAAGACUUGAAAGUGGUAGACUACUGGCAACGGAAGACGGCCCACCCUCCCAUCUCAGAUUCGUUUUUAUUUUUAACAGAAAGUUGUAUGAUUCGUUUUUUAUUUUUUUGUAGUUCAGUUUUUGGGUGAUCCUGUUUCCAUCCCGAAUAGUAAAAUGUGCGAACGUCAAUAUAACGUUACCAUAUAAAUCUGAAUUUAACACGAUCUAGUCAGCAAACUUUGUUUCCAGGCUGACUGACCGGGUCCUAUGGAAGAGAUGUCAGGAGUAAGUGCGGUGAGCUCGGCGUUGCCUGCGUCUACAACCCGUACCACCUCAUUCAAGGGCUCCUGCCCCAGCUCGAAGUAUGUGAAGCUGAACGUGGGCGGGGCGCUCUACUACACCACCAUGCAGACACUCACCAAGCAGGACACCAUGCUCAAGGCCAUGUUCAGCGGUAGGAUGGAGGUUCUCACAGACAGCGAAGGCUGGAUCCUUAUUGACAGGUGUGGGAAGCACUUUGGGACCAUUCUGAACUACCUGCGUGAUGGUGCUGUACCUCUGCCUGAGAUCCGGAGAGAGGUGGAAGAGCUCCUGGCAGAGGCCAAAUAUUACCUGGUGCAGGGGUUAGCUGACGAGUGCCAUGCUGCCUUACAGAACAAAGAUAUGUAUGAGCCCUUCUGUAAAGUGCCCUUGGUCACUUCAUCAAAGGAAGAACAGAGACUCAUAUCUACCUCCAACAAGCCCACAGUCAAGCUGUUAUACAACAGGAGCAACAACAAGUACUCUUACACCAGCAACUCCGAUGACAACAUGCUGAAAAACAUAGAGCUGUUUGACAAGCUCUCUCUGCGGUUCAACGGACGUGUGCUCUUCAUCAAGGACGUGAUCGGGGAUGAGAUCUGCUGCUGGUCAUUCUAUGGGCAGGGCCGUAAGAUCGCUGAGGUGUGCUGUACCUCCAUAGUCUAUGCCACAGAGAAGAAGCAAACCAAGGUGGAGUUCCCAGAGGCUCGUAUCUAUGAGGAGACACUCAACAUCCUGCUGUAUGAGUCUCAGGACGGGCGUGGUCCAGACAACGCUCUACUGGAGGCUACAGGGGGCGCUGCAGGCCGAUCCCAUCACCUGGAUGAGGACGAGGAACGGGAACUCAUCGAGAGGGUGCGACGCAUUCACAUCAAACGCCCUGAUGACCGCACCCACCACCACCAGUAACUAUACCAGCCAACUAACAUUAUCGCCACCACUAACUAUACCAGCCAACUAACAUUAUCGCCACCACUAACUAUACCAGCCAACCAACAUUAUCGCCACCACUAACUAUACCAGCCAACCAACAUUAUCGCCACCACUAACUAUACCAGCCAACCAACAUUAUCGCCACCACUAACUAUACCAGCCAACCAACAGUAUCGCCACCACUAACUAUACCAGCCAACCAACAUUAUCGCCACCACUAACUAUACCAGCCAACCAACAGUAUCGCCACCACUAACUAUACCAGCCAACCAACAUUAUCGCCACCACUAACUAUACCAGCCAAUCAGCAUUAUCGCCACCACUAACUAUACCAGCCAACCAACAUUAUCGCCACCACUAACUAUACCAGCCAACCAACAGUAUCGCCACCACUAACUAUACCAGCCAACCAACAUUAUCGCCACCACUAACUAUACCAGCCAAUCAGCAUUAUCGCCACCACUAACUAUACCAGCCAACCAACAUUAUCGCCACCACUAACUAUACCAGCCAACCAACAUUAUCGCCACCACUAACUAUACCAGCCAACCAACCAACAUUAUCGCCACCACUAACUAUACCAGCCAACCAACCAACAUUAUCGCCACCACUAACUAUACCAGCCAACCAACCAACAUUAUCGCCACCAGUAAGCCAACCAACAUUGUCAGUAUCCGCAGUGACUAUUACCCAUCACUGACAGAACAAGUGCAAUCACACAAUACCCACAAGUAAUCUCAUAUCCUUGACAUUGACCACAAGUGACCUCUGUGCUUCUGCAUCACAGCCACUUAUGAACUUUUGCCAGUCUCUAAUCAUGAUUAUAAACUGGGUGGUUCGAGCCCUGAAUGCUGAUUGGCUGACAGCCAUGGUAUAUCAGACCGUAUACCACGGGUAUGACAAAACAUUUAUUUUUACUCUAAUUACGUUGGCAACCAGUUUAUAAUAGCAAUAAAGCACCUCAGGGGUUUGUGGUAUAUGGCCAAUAUACCACACCCCCUCAUGCCUUAUUGCUUAAGUAGAGCAUGGUUUGGGUGUUAGUUUGUGUGUUGUCCCAAAUGGCUGUAUCAGUGUUUUCUAAACCCUUCAUAAGAGCUGUUAUUUUUAUCAGUGGUCAAAGAAGACUUAUUUGACCCUGUAUUUCCAUAUGUUUUGUAUGUCUCAUCUUUGUAUGAAUGUUGACAUGUCCAGUAGGAGAUCUGGUGCCUUAAAUCUGUGGUCUUGUGCCUUAAGUCUGUGGGUGUAAGUGCAGCUUACAAUCUGAUUUACUUUAUCAUGUCACUACAACAUUGCUUGGAAGUUCAUGUAUUGUCACAGAGUAGCUAGUUCAGGUCAAUUGUAAUUUCAGUGAUUAUUGUAAUACACUGUGUAACAAUACCUUUUCCUACCACUUCAGUUUUUAGAGAUGUUUUAUGAGAGAGAAAAGAAACCUGUACGCUGCUCUUGCUAGUGUGACUGUUCUUUAUUAAGCUUUAUGUAUUGUCCUCAAGGCCCUUUGUCAGAGCUUUUGUGAGUUUUUAAUUUGCACGCUUAUGUAGACAUUGCUCCACCCACAGCCGUUCAAUGCAUCGACUGGGGUUGGAGUGAAGGACAAAUAUAUUCAUUAGCUUGAAUUGGUGAUGUGCAAACUGUAUCUAGAGGCGAAAGAAACGUACCUAUUUAGACGAGGUGCUGGCUAGCAGAGUAGAACAUUGUCUGUCCAAACGUUGGAUAUUAGGUUAUAAAAUUAUUGCAUCUGAGCUCCUAGAGUGUGCGGCUCUCCUUUCAUUUUUCAAAUAUGCAAACUGCAUUUUAUCAUGUUUUAGAAAUUUGGUGGUUCUAUUUUUUGUAUGUUCUCAUUUCAUCCAGCAGAGGGUGUUGUGUACAAAGACACAAAGUGUGCUAAGUUGUUGAAGUUACCCCUAGAUGCUGAUCUUGGGUCAGUUUUGUUUAUCCACUAAUGGAUAAGGGUUGGGAAGCUGACCCUAGAUAUUUGCCUAGGGGAACUUUACCCCAGAGCAAUAUGUUACAACCCACCCCUGAAUUGUAAGUGGUGUGAAUACACCCACCUUUUAUACUGUAGUCAUGGAUUAAUUAUUUUUUUUGGCAUCCUAAAGAACCUUUUGAGAUGCUGGAUGUGUAAUGAAAUGGAUGUUAUUGCUUCUUGUUACAAUAAUUCAUUGAGGGUCGACGUUAUAAGACAACUUGUUUGGAAGACCGAUGGCAAGAAAUUAAACCAAGCACAUCCAGACAGCAAAUAAUGUCACAAUUUAACACUAUUUUACCUGGGAAAGGAUUGUCUUUUGCACUGUAUUUAACAUUUCUUACAAUAAAGAUAUUUAUGAAUACA